AUGGCAGAGCUGGAUAGAGAGAAGAACCACAAGGGAGAGCCAAGCAGCAGAAGACCCAGCAUGUUCAUUGUCAUGUUGCCUAUCAUACUCCUCAUCACUUUUGGUAAACUUAUGAAGAAGAUGAUUGCAAACAGGAUACAGUUUGAUGCCAUCAAGCAUGAUAUCUUUCACCCAAACCAGCUUGGCGGCAUUCACCAAAGGUCGACUGAGGAUGCUGGAUUGAUUCUUACCCAUCUUGUGCAAGUGGGGUGGGUAAAGGGUCUCCAGACUAGCGCGCUGGCUUUUGAUAUCACGCAGUUCUUCCCUUCUAUCAACCAUGAAAUGUUCAUAGCUGUCCUGCGCAAACAAGGGUUUUUGCUGAUUUUGGUGGAUUUCUUUGCUUCUUAUCUGGUUGGGCACUCUACAGUAUAUUGCUGGAACAUCUUCCAAUCUGACUUUUGGUCUGUGGGUGUGGGUGUCAGGCAGGGCUCAGCACUCUCACCUGUCAUUUCAGGGCUUUUCAUUGCUCUAGUAAUGAAGCUCUUUUGCAUCAAAGCUGCGCUGCUAAACAUGACGCUCCUGUCUUUUGUGGACAAUGGGACCAUUCUAGCCCAGUCCAAACAACUCAAUGAUAACAAUGUGGGCUGGCGUAAGGCCUAUAAGAUUAUAUACCUUCUCUUUGUUGCAUUCACACUUGUUCUUGAACAUGACAAGACCGAGUUGUUCCACUUCUCACAUGGGCAUGACACAUACAACCCUUUGCUGGAUUUGGGGUACGCCCCAUAUACUGGUGCUAUGCCUUUGAAGCCCAAGAUCUAUUGGCAGUACUUGGGCUUCUACUUUGACCGCAGGCUCACGUUCCAUGAGCACGUUUGUUAUUAUGCCACCAAGGCAUUCACUACUGUGCAAGUCAUGCGCAUGCUCGGGAACUCCACCAGAGGUCUCUCACCUAGGCAGCGACACCUCCUCUAUAGAUCAUGUGUGGUACCUAUUGCCACGUACAGAUAUUGUCUCUGGUAUUUUAAUGGUGCCUGCAACAAAGGCACCAUUAACCAGCUCAAACGGAUGCAGCAAAAAGCUGCUCUAUGGAUCACAGGUGCUUUCCACACCUCACCAACAGGCAGUCUUGAAGCCCUUGCAGGCCUCAUCCACAUCCAUCUCAUGCUGAAGAAGCUGGCAAUGCACGCUGUGUACUGCAUCGCCACCCUCUCAGACACCCACCCUCUUUGCUCCAUGAUGGGCAAGAGACUUCUCAAACGGGCUGAACCCCACGCCCACUCUGCCACCUUGAUGACUCCCACCAUGUGGGGGAAAGUCAGGAGCACUGUCAUAGAGGUGGACAAAUAUGUCCACACCUUAACUGAGAGCUUCAAGCCCUUUGCAUCUGAAGCUCGCCCUGGUGAUCGGCUACUGGACCACUAUGCAGACCGUCUCUGCUUUGAUGAGCAUGAUUCUACUUAG